GACUUCUGUAGCCCGCUUGCGUGUGCGGAUGUUCUACGCCUGUAAUACUUAGCGUUUGUAUAAAGCAUGGCUGGCUCUUACAAGCCAUGUGCAGGCAGCGCUCUGCUGCUGCUAUUGGUUUCUUGUUACCUGUCACAUAUCUGCGUCUCCAUCCGUCCAGCUUAUCAAUAUAACAUUAACGCUUGGCGACGCGGCUCGACAGUUAGCUCUGGUCGCACGGCUACCGCUAACGACAGAAAGCCCGGAACAUUAGAUCUGCCCACUCUACUGCGGGGUACCCUUUACGUCGUGAACGUCGACGGCAGUCUCUUCAAGCUGGCGCGCCUAGAAGCGGAGUCGUUCCAACCGCAACACCUGGCAAACUCUAGCGCCAUGUACGCACACUUACGCAGCAUCUAUCCUGGCGAGAACGUGGGGUGGGCUUGGUAUGCCGACACGUACGCGGAGGACGGCUGGUACCGUCUUGAAAUAAGAAUCGACCACGACGCGCCAUUUCCUGAUAUCGUCAAGGCGCGCGCGGCGGGCUUUGUGGAAGGCAACUUGCAAGGGGCGCAUAUGUACAGGUACUGGACCAACUACCGGGUCAACGAAUACCGCGGUCGCGGCGAGGCCCCCUCGCAGCAGUUGUACGACUGGUUGGACGAGCAGUACGACUGGAUGACUAAGAAGGUCCAUGCGGCCACUGGCUGGACACGUGACAUGCUGGCGGGGCGGGCCCCGGUGCCGCCGCCGGCCUGCGGUAGGGGCAGGUGCGGAAACAGCAGCGGCAACCGCAACAGCAGCGACGUCGAUGCAGGUGGCGCUGGUGCUGGUGGUGAUGUGGUUUGGAGCGUGUCCGAGCUCCUGCAGCCGGAAUCGCAGCAGCAGCACCAGCUACAACAACCGCAUCCACGGCAGACGGGUCCACAGCAGAUACACCAGCAAUCUCAGCAGCACCAAGAGCAACCUCAGCCCCACCAGCAGCAGCAAGUGCUGGGUGACUCCGACCGGCGCUACUGGGCACUGGCGGGGCUGGUUGCGGCGCAGCUGGAGGGGCUGGCAGCGGGUUUCUGGGCGGCAGCGGUGGAGCCGGGGCGCAACAUGACGUGGCAGGAGCUGUACGCCCUGAACGCCAUUGGAGACCUGUAUGAGCUCAACGUCCUCUUCCCACCCACCCCGGAGCCAUCACCCUCAACCGCACCCCCGGAGCCGUCGCAUCCAUCAACCCCAGGCGCGGCACCGCCUCCGCCUCCGCCUCCUUCCUACCCGCCUACCUCCACCACGCAGGGAGGUGCUGCUGCUGCUGCUGCUCCGGGGCCAGCGGUCGCUGCGGUGAAGCAUCUUGCGGUUGAGGGUGAGGUUGGGGAUGAUACCGGUCCUGCAGGGGCAGCAACAGGAGGAGGAGGUACGGAAGCUGUUGUACGGCAGGGUUUUACUCCUGUACGGCAGCACUCCCCCCCUGUACGGCGGUACAGUCCCGGUCACGGGGAGGUGGGUGAGUACGGGUACGGGGAGCUGCUGGAGUGUUCCGCCAUCAUAAAGGUGGAGGAGUUGAAGGAGGAGGAGGAGGAGAAGGAAGGAGAGGAACAGGUGGAGGAGGAGGCGGAGGAGGUAAAGAAGGAGAGGGAGACGGCAGGAGAGGAUCAGGAGGAGGAGGCGGAGGAGGGUGGGCUGCAGCGGAGGCGGCGGAGACGAGUACGGAGCUUCUGGGCGGCUCACAACACGUGGCGGUCGUACUAUCACAUGGUCCGGACUUGGAAGGUGUACGACCUGCCGUGGGGCGCUUCGGGUCCCCUCACCGUCUCAUCGUCACCCGGACUGCUGCACUCCAAAGAUGACUGGUACACAACCGACAAGUUCGUUAUCAUGGAAACCACCAACGGUCUCUACAACAAGUCGUUGUACGACCUGAUUCAACCGCGUUGCGUGCUGAUGUGGCAGCGGGCACAGCUGGCCAACUUCGGCGCCCGCUCCGGCAGCGAGUGGGUGGACCUGUUCGGGCGCCACAACAGCGGCACCUACAACAACCAGUGGAUGGUUCUUGACGUUCCCCGGCUGCACUCGGGCCGCCACUCCGGACUGCUGUGGGUGCUGGAGCAGGUGCCGGGGGCCGUGAGGAGCCGGGACGUGUCGCAGGUGUUGCUGCGUCAGGGCUACUGGGCGUCGUACAAUGUGCCGUACUUCCCCGAGAUCUACAACCUGACGGGCUAUCCGCACCCCAGCAUAUACGACACCUGUCCGCGCGCGCAGAUCUUCAGACGCGAGCAGGCCUCCCUCACAUCCCGCGCCGCCCUCAUGGCCCUCAUGCGCCUCAACCGCUACAAGCUCGACCCGCUGUCGGGGGGGCUGCCCAACAACGCCAUCGCUGCAAGGUACGACCUGCCCGCAGCGACCGACCCGGCGGGUCAGCCGCGCAACUGGACGCGAAAGGCGUACGGCGCCGUGGAUGCCAAGGUGGUGGACUCCGAGUCCUUCCCCUCCGGCCGCACCUACGUCAUCAACGGCCCCACCUCCGACGACCAGCCGCCCUUUUCCUGGGCCGUCCCCGACCCGCUGCUGGCUGACAUCCGGCACGAGGGCUGCGUGGGGGAGUUCCGGUUCGGGUGGCAGGCGUACCAGAGCAUUGCGGGGCCGCGUGGGGAGUAGGGAGGGAGGGGGACUAAGUGAGAAGUGAAGCACAGCUGGUCUCAAUCCCACAUUCUGAUUCAUGCAGCGGAGGGGGCGCUUGAGCUGAGUCGCGGGCAGGAGGGACUGCAGGAUGAGGAGCAGAGGUGGUGCGGGCAGGAGGGGGAGCCUGCAUGAGGAGGAGGCUGGGAGGGGCGGUUGGAGAACGGCAGAAGCAGCGGCAGCUGGGGAGCUCAACGGAGCAGUGAAGCAGAACGACUUUGUCAGGAUGGCACAGCAGGAGCAGGAGCAGUUGCAGGAUUAAGACGGAAGCAGGGCGAGGCAGGGCAGGGCAAAGUUAUGGCGUAAGGCUUAAGAGGGAGAGGGGAUGCUUGCCGUACAGUGCUUUCGACACCACCAUCGAAAGGCUUGUACAAUAACUGUACAUAAGCAUAAGCUUCGUAAACCCACACACACAUGCAUGAGCUUCUUUCCUGUUAUCGUUGUUGGGUUGAUGCGCUGUAGCGGGUAAAGCUGGUCUUCAUAUCGGUAUGAGGUUUUGCUUGGGUGCUGCUGGCGGGCUGGUUUAGCAUAAGUCGGAUUGUUUAGUUGGCAGGGUUGUUUUGGCUGUGUGCAUGCUGCGCUACCAUGCGUAGUUGAGCGGGGCGUGUGUAGUUGAGCGGAAACAAGAGCAAGCAGUUGGGAUAGGUUCGCAUGUGAAGUAGUGUGAGGUAACCAAACCUGAACCGUAACUCAAAAACUGCUGAGAUAGCUGGUGCUGAAUGUAAGAAGAGU